AUGGGCGACGCUACUCCUGACCCCGAAAAGCACAUAAGAAGACGAAUGCACAGGGCUUGGCUCAAAGGCUUCACCAACGGCAUUUGUGCUACCGCCGCGAUAUCCUGCGUCGUUCUCGUUUCAUGGGGGCCAAUCGAGAAUCACAUAGAAAAGCACUGUCCUCAAGACAAUGCCACAUCUUUACUCAAUACCAGCUUGCGGAGCACUCCUAUUCUUUUUAACAACACUCUUGCAACAAAUGAGACGUCCAUUAGCGUCCAGGAGAAACCUCGACCGCUUCUCAUGAGCAUCAGUAAUACCGGUUUUGAUUCUGGAUGCAUGUGCGAGACCAACGUCGGGGACGGCGAUGUUCUAAUAUCCGCGGGGGCAUCUGAACAGUGGGCAAGAGACAACGUAUUGCCAUGGGUUGCAGCUUGGAUCGCGUGGCAAAUCAUCGAAAAUGCUUAA